AUGCCUCGGCUCUAUGCCCCUUCUUUCAUCGUACCAUGGCUCUCUCUCCUAAUUCUCAUUCCUACAUUCGUCUCUGCCCAUCUUAUUGAAGUUGCUGCUGGAAAGAAGGAAUGCUUUUUUGAAGACUUGCACGUCCACGACAAAAUGACCGUCUCGUAUCAAGUUGGGGAGGGAGGCCAUCUAGACAUAGACUUCUGGUUGACAGACCCAACUGACCGUGUGCUGGGAAAACAAAUCAAGCAAACGACGGGACAACUCUCAAUCACUGCAGAAAAGGAUGGCCGCCACACGUACUGUUUCUCGAAUCAAAUGAGUGCUAUCGCGGAUAAGAUGGUUAGCUUCAACGUCCACGGUGUCAUUUACAUUGCUGGAGACGACGUCGUUGCACCCAUCGAACGUGAAAUCCGCACAUUAGCAGCUGGUCUGACAGCGGUCAAGGAUGAACAGGAAUACAUUGUGGUUAGGGAAAGGACACACCGAAACACAGCAGAGUCCACAAAUUCACGAGUGAAGUGGUGGUCUAUUGUUCAGGCGAUCGUCUUAUUUUCAGUUGUCGCCUGGCAAGUAUAUUACUUAAAGUCCUUCUUCGAGGUGAAACGUGUAAUCUAG